AUGGAUACGAGCGAGGGGCCCGUCAGCAUUGGCGCGGAGUCCAGGCAUUCCCGACCUAUUAGUGAGAACUGGCACACGGCCAACGAUGGAACAUGGAGCGAAUCAGGAGCCUCGCGACGACCUUCGGCACCAGCGACCAGAAUAAUCCACUCUUCUACCGCGAGUGCGACUUCAAGCCGCCGGAAGCCUUCCCAGAACAUCGAAACGACGACGAUAACGACCGCUGGGUUUGUGUCGCACAUCACUCCCCCUCAGACACCGGUGAGUCCAUCGCCUGAUUCUGAGAUGGAUCUGCAACCCGCAGCGCAAUCACUCUUCCACAACUACCUCCGCGCGAUGUACUCCUUUGCGCCUUCAGCCGAAUCGAUGCCCGACGACGAUGCUUCGCAGUCGGCGGUCGCCCUAAGGCCUGGCGACCUGAUACUGGUACAUUGUGUUCACGCCAACGGAUGGGCAGAUGGCACUGUGCUGAACACGAGUGAGCGAGGCUGGCUGCCGACAAACUAUUGCGAAGCGUACGACCAUCCAUACUUGCGCAACUUGCUCAAUGCCAUGACACAGUUCUGGGAUCUGCUAGGAGCAAGUGAGGAUGCGAGCCUAUCCACGUUUGUCAGGCAAGAUUAUAUCAGAGGACUGAUCGCUGGUGUGAGGUACCUACUAGAGCGUGCAGACUGUCUACACCGCGACGCAGCGACAGUGAAGCGACACGCUGGCGUGAGACGAAUGCGAAAAGGUCUUCUGGCAGAUCUCUCUUCACUUGUGCAAAUCGCCAAGAAGCUCCAGGAAACGAUCGGCGAAGCUUUCGCGGGAGAGGUAAUCCAUGUUUUGCUUGACGAUCUCAUCUCGAAGGCAUUCCGGAUGGUCACGAGAGCAGCGAGCUUUACUGAUGUCUGGACAACGGAGACGAAGAAAGGUGAAUCGAAGAAUGCGCCACGCCGCCCACUGACCCCACCGAUCGAGAGCAUCGGAUUGGCCAUCGACACCCAGGCUUCUGUCAACACGAAGAGAGACACGGUGGACGCGAUCGACUCGGCUAAGCAUUUCCCAGAGAUUUCUGAGACGAGCCACACCAGUAGUCAUGAAACUGUCGCCAAUGAAGAGCAGAAAUUCCCGGAAGAGCGUGCGCCUCGCUUGUCGAUGGCGUUUUCGCCGCCGGAUGGUCUGGCUGCCCAUCGUGUGUCACUCGUACCAAGCGAAAGCAACCACGCCAGAUCCGGCCCUUUGGCCCUCGAGCAGCUCGCCAAAGUCCAUGAUAUUUGCAUCAGCCAUAUCGGUGCCUUCAUAGGACACCAUCUACACUCGAGGCCAUCAGCAGAGCUUGUUGCUACGACUGAACGGUUGGUGCAAGUCUGUCGGAACCUACUGGCGAUCAUCGAUGAGGUCUACACGCAUGAUCCUCAAAAGUCCUCGCUCGUCCAACAGUCCAAGGACGAGUUCGAAAUAAAGCUGGAAGAAUUGGCCAAAUCAACACAGGACGUUUUUCGAUUCUCCGACUCGGAGGACGACGAUGUCAUCAUGCUUCCGGAUAAGACUAACCAUCUGAUCAGUGUUGGUACGAACUUGAUACGAAACACUGGCGAGUGCGUCGUGAAGACACGCCAAUUGAUUGAGCAAAUCGGAGAUUUUGAGCUUAGGACAGUACAAUUAUCAGGAUCAAAUCACGAGAUACCGCGGCGGAUUGACAGCAUGCCACAAGAUGAUGCUUUGGACAGACGUUCCUCGAAACGCAUCUCGAUCAAGCGAAUGUCGAAGAUUCUCAUGCCACCACCACCGCCAGUAAUCAAGGACGACACUCCUCUCGAGGAGGAGCAGGAUGUUGCAGAGCCAUCAACUACGGAGAAAGCAACCGUAGUCGAGUCGACCACGACAGCAGCCCCAGAACAGAAGCCUCUUCCUCCACCGCCUGCAGUGCAGCGGAGGUCUACCAUGGGCGGGUCGCAAUCUUCGAGCUUGCAUGUCGACACCUUGAGGAGUCCAAGAUCGGUUCGAGCUGACUCAACCAGCCCUGCUCGCAAGGAUAGUGUUGGCUUCUCGAUUUCAGGCUCCACGGACACAUUCUGCAGCAGCGCGCGCGAUUCUAGGACGACGAUUGUGUCAGUGUCGACCCGUGCAACAACGCCCGACAAAGAGGCCCCCUCGGAUCAUGCCAUGAUGAGCAGCUUCGCCAGUAUCUCGAGCAUGCGCUCCCUGAUCACGGAUGAUAGCAUCGAUGGUGAAGCUCUGCUGCAGCAGACAUACGCGCACGAGUUGACCUUCAACAAGGAUGGCCAGGUCACUGGAGGCAGUCUGUCUGCGCUCGUUGAGCAGUUGACUACCCAUGACUCGGCCCCUGAUCCGCAAUUUGUCACUGCAUUCUUUCUCACUUUCCGCAAAUUCUGCGAACCGCGAGAAUUCGCCCAGGCACUCAUACAGCGUUUCGACUACAUCGGCGACAGCAGAACCGUAGGAACCCCAGCUCGCCUUAGGAUCUACAAUGUCUUCAAAGGCUGGCUGGAGACAUACUGGUGUGCCGACGCUGAUAAGGACGCACUCGGUGAGAUCCGAUUCUUCGCCAUGCACAAGCUGAAGCAGGUUUUACCUGCGGCCGGCGACAGGCUUGCUGAGCUCACCAAGAGGAUCACGGAAGGUUAUGCCAAUGGCAAGAGCAACGGACCCCUUGUAUCCGGCGUGGGAAAGUCAAGCAUGUCUAUCGGCUCGCACCUUGUCAACAAUGCUGCCAACGUGCCUGAGCCACUCAUCACCCUUAAGCAGUUGAAUGCAAUACGGGUGGCUAAUGGAGGUGGCGCGGCAUGUAGCAUCAUUGAUUUCGACCCGAAAGAAAUUGCGCGACAGAUUACGCUCCUGGUGAUGAAGGAAUACUGUGAGAUUCGCCCGGAAGAGCUGCUCAGCAUGGACUGGACCCGACCCAACACCAAGAGAGCCAAGAACGUUCGAAACAUGUGCCAGUUGAAUACCGACCUGUCCCACUUGGUCAAUGACUCCAUACUUGCUCCAGAGGAUCCCAAGAAGCGAGCAAAGACAAUCAAGCAAUGGGCUAGGAUCGGUACGGCGUGUCUCGAGCUCAGCAACUACGACUGCGUCAUGGCUAUAAUGUGUUCCAUCCAUUCUUCUGUCAUACAGCGACUGAAGAAGACUUGGGAUCUGGUCAAGAAGCCUAUCAAGGCCGAGCUGGAUGCAUUGGACAAGGUGGUGGACAUGUCGAAGAACUAUUCAAUGCUCCGCAAAAGGCUCGAGUCACCUACAGCACCCUGCCUGCCUUUCCUCGGAGUCUACCUUACGGACCUGACAUUUGUUCUUGCUGGCAACCCCAAGAGACGAGAACUACCGGGGAGCACGUCAGCCGAGGGUGGACCCAUCUCGGUCAUCAACUUUGACAUGUACAUGCGCAUUGCGAAGAUCAUCAGCCACCUACAAAAGUUCCAAGUGCAAUACAAGCUCAAGCCAGUGCCGGAAGUGCAGACAUGGCUCGAGCAAUACCUACAGCGCAUGCGCGGAGGCCACGACGACAUGGUCAGCAUCUUCCACCGCCGCAGUCUCGCAGUCGAACCAAAGCAGGAAGAGAGAAAACACACCCUCUCCUUCCGAAGCGAAAGCGACGCACAGCGUCCUCCAACCGCUGGUGGCCAUCAUGCCACGCCCCCGCCCACAACGAUGGAGCGCUUCGACUUCUUCCACAAGAGCACCUCCUUUAUGAACAUGCGCAGCCAGACGACGCUGUCGAUCCACGCAGACCCAGAUUAG